AUGUCUGAUAUUGUUCAAACAGAAUCAAUCCAACCACAACCUGCAAAGUUCAACCCAAAGGGUUACGCUAAACGUGUAUUCAAAAAAUUCACCACAAAAGAAGGUAUCAUCGGUAGCUAUAGCUAUGCUGCUCUCUUCACCCCAGAAAUCCCCUUCAUGAAAAAGAAGGAUGUCUACCAACCUUUCUUCCCCCUUCACGGUGAUAUGCCCCUCUUACUCGGUGCUAUCCUUGGUCUUCAACACUCCCUAGCAAUGCUUGCUGGUGUCAUCACCCCUCCUCUCAUCAUUUCAUCCACAGCAAAGUUCGAUACCGAAAUGACCCAGUAUCUCGUCUCCUCCUCUCUCAUUGUCUCUGGCCUUCUCUCCCUCGUCCAAAUGACCCGCAUCAAAGUCCCAUACACAAAGUACUACAUUGGCACAGGUUUGAUCUCAGUCGUAGGUACCUCUUUCGCUACCAUCACCAUUAUCACAGGUGCUAUCCCCCAAAUGUACAAAAACGGUAAGUGCCCCACAGAUGCAGACGGUAACUCACUCGCUUGCCCUGACGGCUACGGUGCAAUCCUCGGUACCUCCGCAAUCUGCUCCCUCCUCGAAAUCGCAAUGUCCUUUAUCCCUGCCAAAGUCCUUCAGCGUGUCUUCCCACCACUUGUUACCGGCCCCGUCGUCUUGCUCAUCGGUGCCCACCUUAUCGAAACUGGUCUUAAGAACUGGGGUGGCGGCUCAAACUGCUUUGGAAAGUCUGAAACUACUGGAUACUACUCUGUCUGCCCUAACGUUGGAGCUCCCAAAGCUGCCAUCUGGGGCUCUGCUCAAUACAUUGGUCUUGGUUUCUCCGUCUUUGUAACCAUUGUCUUUUGCGAACGUUUCGGUGCCCCCAUUAUGAAAUCAUGUGCUGUUAUUAUCGGUCUUCUUGUCGGAUGUAUCAUUGCUGCUGCCUGCGGUUACUUCUCCCACUCUGGUAUUGACGCUGCUCCUGCUGUUUCCUUCAUUUGGGUCCAUACUUUCAAGUUAACCAUAUAUGGUCCAGUUGUACUACCAAUGCUGGCUGUCUACGUUGUCUGCGCUAUGGAAGCCAUUGGUGAUAUCACUGCCACUUGUGAUGUCUCCCGUCUUCCUGUCGAAGGUGAAGAAUAUGACUCUCGUAUCCAAGGUGGUCUUCUUGCUGAUGGUCUCAACGGUUGCAUUGCCUCUCUUAUGACUAUCACUCCUGUCACUACUUUUGCCCAAAACAACGGUGUCAUCUCAAUCACAAAGUGCGCAAACAAAAAGGUCGGCUACUGGAACUGUUUCUUCCUCAUCGUCAUGGGUAUCUUCUCCAAGUUUGCUGCCGCUCUUGUCUCCAUUCCUUACCCUGUCCUUGGUGGUAUGACUACUUUCCUUUUCACAUCUGUCGCAGUCUCUGGUAUCUCCAUUAUUGCCACUCUUAACCCUAUCACUCGUCGUGACAGAUUCAUUCUUACCUGUUCUCUUCUUUACGGUUUCGGCUCUACUCUUAUCCCCACCUGGUUCUCUUACUUCUUCACUUACGAGGGUGAUAACAAUGGUCUUAAGGGUUUCCUCGAUGCCAUUGUCCUUGUCAUGGAAACUGGUUUCGCUAUUGCCGGUUUCCUUGGUCUCAUCAUGAACCUUAUUAUCCCUGGCGAAAAGGGUGAAGGUGAAGUUGUCGAGUCUGAGAUGGAUGUUGUUUCUUCUAACGAGGGUUACUCCAAGGGUAUGGAAGUUGAAGAACACCAGCAAAGCUACAAAUAA